AUGCAAGUAUACCGUGCCAACAACACGCUGUGGGAGCAGCACAAGCCCGUCAAACGGGACUACCAGUUUAAGGUGAUCGAGGUGCACGUGCCGCCAAAGUACUACAUCUGGCCGUCGAGGAAGGGAUCGGUUGAUCGGGACGAGAAUUAUAAUACUCAGGAUUCGCUCCGCGUUUCUGGCCCCUCAACUUCUUCUACCGCCACCACCGCCACUUCCGCUUACUCCUCGGCCCCGGCGUCGGCCAACCACAACGGAUACGGCGCGGCCCGCCGUUCGCUGGCUAGGAGGAGGAAUCAAGAAGCCGCCGAACCGUCUUCCCGCUCGGUUCCUCCCCGCUGCGCUGCCUGCCACUGCCGUAUCGAGGAGCCAAGCUCCGCCGUCCCGGUCCGGAAACUGUCGCAGAAGAAGGACAAGGCCAACACUGAGCCCCUCUCCGCCUCGAUGCCCACCUUCCAGAUCCUGUCCAUCGAGAAGAAGUGGGAAUCGUUCGACGCCGAGGAGACGGACGAGGACGAGCUGGACGAGGGGCUGGCCGGGAUGCAAAUUGAGGAGGGCCGUCGCUGGACCCACCAU